AUGAGCAAAGCCAAUGGCACUGGCAAAAUCAAUGGCCACAAAAGACUAAAUACCAUGACGGUUCCCCCUUCCACAUCCACCGACAUUUUCAAUACCAGCUCGGUCUCGGAAAUCAAAGCUACCCUCCUCCACCUCCACGAUCAAGAAGCCGCCGUCACAGCCCGACUUGAUGCCCUCGUAGCCUCGCAAAAGGACUUCUCGCGGGAACUUGGAAGGCUAGAUCUACUCCGUGCACAUCUGGGCUCGCAGGUCAACACCGCUAGGAACAUCAGCCAUGGCAUGCUCUCCCCCGCCGCGGCAACCGCCGAACGCAUCUCGGGUGCAGUACGACGACUGGACCUGGAACAAGCUCGAGUAAAAGCAACGUUGGAAGUAGUCGAGCAAGUCGCCGAGCUCAAAGCAUGUGUACUAGGCGUCAAUGGUUCAAUGGAGGGCCCCCAAGAUUGGGAAAUGGCAGCUAGCUAUUUGAACCGCGCAUCCAAGAUUCCACCGGAAGUUGUCAAUGGUGCGUUUGCAGCACAGAUUGUCCCAACUGCUGAAGUACCUGACCCACCAAGCGUUACUCUGCACAAUGCCGCCGAGUCUCUAUGUGGAUUGUUUCUGAGGGAGUUUGACAAGGCUGUCAAGGAGAAUAAUGGGGCUAAGAUUACUCGGUUCUUCAAAUUGUUUCCUCUUAUCGGUCGGUCUGAGGUAGGCUUGGAUGUCUACGGGCGAUAUGUCUGUCAGGGUGUAGCGUCACGAGCCCGAUCAAAUCUAAGUGCUGGUCCGGGCGACUCGCAAAAGAAAGAUGGGUAUUUCUAUGCGAGUGCACUUACGAAGCUUUUUGAACAUAUUGCUCAGAUUAUCGACGGACAUGGGGCACUGGUUGAACGCCAUUACGGUUCUGGUAAAAUGACGCGCGUUAUAGAGAGGUUACAGGUUGAAGCGGAUGUUCAGGGUGGUAUCAUCAUUGACACAUGGAGUGACGAGAGAAAUGUGGAUCGAAAGUUGACAGACAUCAAAUCCUAUGCAUUUACAUUCCUGGUCCAGAGCUUUCUACCGGCUCAGCGGUCAACAGGGACCCCGCGAACGGGUUCUCCCGCUAACAGAGAAGGACUGCAGGGCGAAGGCGAUGAUGAAGGUGUGGAUAUGAUAGAAAUCGAUGCGAUACUCAACGAGUUGGGAGUGAUGCUUGGAAGAUGGUCGCUUUAUUGUCGAUUCGUCGGCGACAGUUGCAGGCCAGUCGAGGAAAACGAUACACGGGUGCCGUUAAUGCUUCCGGAAUUCUUGCUAGAAUCUACCCUUUCGAAAAAGAUAGCAAACCGGAUGAUUGGCCCUUUCAAUACAAUGACUACGUUUUUUCUACGCCGCUCUGUGGAAAAAGCAUUUCAGUUGGACGAACACCCUUCUGGCUUGACGCUGAAUCUACAACGACCACUCAGUUCGGAGCCACCUCAUAUCACGUCGGCCGUUGACGACAUCAUGUACAUUGUCAACAAGGUCCUUCGACAGUCUAUUGCAACAUCCCAGAAACAAGUCGUGACGAAUGUGGUACCGACGUUGUCAAGAGUGCUUGGAGCCGAUUUCAUCGGUAUGAUUCAACGAAAAAUGCGAGAUGAAUGUUACCCGCGGCCACCGGUACAGGGCGCUCAGCCUGCCGAGCAGACUGUAAUACAGUUUUUGGUGUUGAUCAACAAUCUGGAUGUUGCAGUUGAUUACAUUCGCAGGAUUGUACGAGACCACGUUGAGAGCAAACAGGGUGACGGAAAGCAAGAGGAAGGGAAGACCGAAGACGCACGGAGUGGAUUGACAGCCAUGUAUCCUCUUGGGGAUGACGCUUCGGUCGUUGCGCAGGCUCUUCAGUCUUUGUCAACAUCGUUUGAAUCAAAGGCCAACGACUUGAUAUCAGACGGUAUCCAAGUCGUAUUCAACAACGUGAUAAAGGCACGGCUACGACCCAUAUUGGCAGAGUCAUUCCGCGAUAUUGAGUAUCAGCCGCGAGACCACAACGACCCGACAACUAGCACAUAUCAAAACUACGACGAUGAAGACGAGGAAGACGAGGAGCUCCGUCGGGCAGAAAUGGUUCGGCCCCGAUUUGCGGCGGCAUGGAAGGAGUUGGUGUUACCCAUCUCGCGGAUUCUGACGGCCACGGCAUUUGAUCGUCUCCUGACAAUCACUGUGACGUACUUGGCACGAUUACUAGAAAAAAGAUUAUGGUCGUAUCACGGACGGGUCAACGUGCUCGGAGCGAUCCGUCUAGAACGCGAUGUCUCGGGUAUUGUGAACACAGUGGUGGAAGUAGGCAGUAGUCAUGGAGCGCCAGCGCGGUAUCGACAUCGGGAGACGUUUACACGAUGUGUACAGAUUACAAUGAUUAUGGCGAUGGAUGAGGACGAGUGGGAUGAUGUCGUGGGGGGCGGUGAAACGGCUGAUGUGGUGGACAGACUGAGUGUUGAGGAGCGAGCACGGGCACGAUCGAUGAUGCGGUAG